AUGGCAGACUCAUACUGCCCAGACUGCAAGCGACUAACAGAGAUAGUGUUCGACCACUCCGCUGGAGACACAAUCUGCUCCGAAUGCGGUUUGGUUUUGGAAGCACACUCUGUGGAUGAGACAUCAGAAUGGCGAAAUUUCUCUAACGAGUCUUCUGAUCAUGACCCUAACCGUGUUGGUGGCCCACUCAACCCUCUUCUUGCUGACGGUGGCCUUUCCACUACCAUUUCUAAAACAAAUGGUGGCUCCAACGAGUUUUUGUCUGGCUCUCUCGGGAAAUGGCAGAGCCGUGGUGCCAAUCCAGAUAGAAACCUCAUUCAGGCUUUCAAGUCUAUUGCUGCCAUGGCCGACAGGUUGGGGCUGGUUACAACCAUAAAGGAUCGAGCUAAUGAGAUAUAUAAGAAGGUAGAGGAUCAAAAACCACUUAAAGGACGAAAUCAAGAUGCAAUUUUAGCUGCUUGUCUCUAUAUUGCAUGUCGACAGGAGAACAAGGCCCGAACUGUAAAAGAAAUUUGUUCUGUUGUCAAUGGAGCCACAAAGAAAGAAAUUGGCCGAGCAAAAGAAUUUAUUGUGAAGCAUCUGGAGGUAGAGAUGGGUUGUUCAGUGGAAAUGGGAACCAUACAUGCUGCAGACUAUCUGAGACGCUUUUGUUCCAAUCUGGGAAUGACGAAUCAAGCAGUUAAAGCUGCCCAUGAGGCUGUCCAGAAAUCUGAGGAGCUUGACAUAAGGAGGAGCCCAAUAUCAGUUGCAGCAGCUGUUAUUUACAUCAUAACUCAACUAUCAGGUGAUAAAAAGCCUCUUAAAGAUAUUUCAGUUGUAACCCAAGUGGCUGAAGGUACCAUCAAGAACUCGUACAAGGAUCUUUCUCCUCAUUUGUCUCAGAUAAUACCCAGCUGGUUUGCCAGGGAAGAAGAUAUCAAGAACCUGCACUCGUAG